UUCCCGUGCUCGUGGCCCUCUCCUGGCAUGAUAUACCCAUCUCCAGGGUGCGCUUUCGCCCUUGUACCAUGCGUCGGCGUAGGUCAAGGUCAUGGGGAACCGAAUGUGAGACCGCAUGCGGCGGCUUGGUGGCACUCUACCGAGUACGCUGGCAAGCGAAAUCGUCGGCGUCAACACCCCGCCGCUCAAGUGCAGCAGGCUUUCCACGACGACAACGGCGACAAUGGCAGGAGGGCUAGCGAGACAUGGCGAACCUUGCCCUAUCGCUGCAGGAUUCCACUGUUGGAAAGAAGACGGCGGCGGCGGCGAUUGCCACAGUCCGUGAAGGUCAACGGUCCAACGGAGGACGGGGGGCAAGAGGCUUUGGAAUCAAGGUGCAGCAUCGGCGGUGUGCAACAAGGGCAACGACGGUGGCGGCAGGCCAAAGACGUUGUCAUCCCGCCAUCGACGACAGCAGUCCACUCUUCGUUCGCCAGCGGUGAAGAUGUGGUGGUGCUCGACGACCCCUUCGAAGAACUGGAAGGAGACCGGGCGAGACACGCGUGUGUAGUCCACAACACGCUGGCAGCAGGCCCAACGCCGUACAACGACGGCUGGGAGUGGCAGAAGCAGAACUUGGCGCGGCUGGCGGAGCGGCCGGACGACCUUUCCUCCCCCGAUGCGGAGCUCGACCGCGUGCUCCUGACGCAGCACAACGCCGUGUUCACCCUCGGUACCGGCAGUUCCUUGGACAACCUGAGGUUCGAGCCUGACGAAGCUCCAUUCGGCGAGGUGGUGCGCACCGAACGGGGCGGGGAGGUGACCUACCACGGCCCGGGCCAGAUCGUAAUGUACCCCAUCGUGAACCUGAGGCGGUACCGGAAGGACAUCCACUGGUACCUCCGCGCCCUCGAGGAGACGGUCAUACGGACCCUCGCCAAGCUGGGUCUGAAAGGGGAGAGGAUCGAGGGCUUGACCGGGGUUUGGGUGGAGGGGCGCAAGGUUGCGGCAGUCGGGGUCCGGGUGAAGCGCUGGAUCACGAUGCAUGGCCUCUCGCUAAACGUACGGCCGAAACUUGAGCACUUCCGGGACAUCGUCCCCUGGGGCAUCGAAGAAAGAACCGUAAGCUCACUCGAGUUCCUGUGUGCGGAGGGCGAGGACUUGAGCAUGGACCGUGUGGGCCGUCUGCUCCUGGAAUCGUUCGAGGAAGUCUUUGGGGUGUCCGCGUUACCUGCGCCACAGCCGCCGCCAACAACAACAACAACAACCCCAACGAGUCCGGUCGAGGAGAAAUAGCUGCUGAUUUUUCUCGAACAUGAAAAUAAAAUGGUUUCAAGGCAGGGCGGCUAAGCUGCUGAAACAUGCAGGAUGUGAUAAGAGGAAAGUUUGUUCCCUCUUUUGCUACGUGGACCCACCUAUCCAUGGAUGCCGCUCGCUGAGUUUCUUGGAGAGGAGAAAAUAUGGCAGAGAGAAGAACUUUUGGAGAAGAGGGCGACCGGGGUCGGUAGAUGGCGGUACCAGGUAGGCAAGAGCGCUACCGCGCGGAUCUCGGCGUGUGUUCAUUACGAGGGCACGACGACGGUCAACCGUGGUCUUUCGUGACACCCCAGUUUUCGGGAGUCGCUGGCAACACAUGUUGCCUUUAUCAGCCUGAUGCCAGUCGCGAACGAGCUUUUCAAACGUUGUCGUCAAGGUUAUGAGAAUCUCCCACAAUGAAGAGAGGAGACAUCCAGUCACAGUUCACAAUC